GAAUGGUCUUUCGAUCAACACAUCUCAGUCAGAAGUUGCAGUUAAAAGUUUCUGCUGGUAACCUGGAGGAGUUGGCUCCCAUUAUGGAUCAGUGUUUGAGGGCUGCAAUUGAGAGGAAUGUCUCUGAGUUAGUGAUUGAGAUGAAUUUUAGGCCAACAACUUACUAUAAUAUUCCGAAGGAAGUAUUUGUCUCUAAUUCACUAAAGGUCUUAGAGCUUCAUGGCUGUAAGUUUGAGGAUAGUUUUUCCUGCACUAAUCUUCCACAUCUACAAAAGCUCAGAACCGUGCGGUGCCUGUUUGCUGGUGAGAACGUCUUAUCCAAGAUUUUAUGUGGCUGUCCUGAGUUGGAGUAUCUGGAAGUUUUGAUUUCUGAGGGCAUGAGAAGUUCUAUCUCGGUUUCAUGUAAACCUAGAUUGAAAUAUUUUUAUAUCGGGUGUCGCCACGAGCUCAAGAGGAUUGAGAUCUUUGUGCCCAGUCUUGAAACGUUAAAAUGUUAUUUUGCGUAUUCAUGUUCGAUUGACUUGGCUAGUUGCACUCUUCUCAAACAUUUGGAAAUAAACCACGCUAUCCUCUCUUCUGAUUACGUCCCCAUUCAGUAUCUUUUAUCUAACCUUCUCCAAAUUGAAGAAUUGCAUUUGUCUAACUGUAAAUCAGCUGACAAAAUUCAAAUAGCAAGUUCAUGCCUCAAGAGACUUGUCAUUACCGAGUCACACAAAAACUUUCCUGGUGCUGAACUUGACAUCCCAAAUUUACUUAGUUUAGACUUCUUUUCUAUGGGUGAAUGUAAUACAAAUAACCGGUUCAGUUCUUGGAAUGUUCCCAAGGUAGAAGAAAUUCACAUGGCGUUUUCUGUUAAAAGCUUUCAGAGUGCUUGCAGGGGUGGACUGAAGGGGUUCCUUAUGCAGUUACAAAAUUAUGAAGAUGUGAAAUUGAUUAUACAGUGCAGAGGUGAACAGGUAAGUCUCAUUGACUUUUUAAGUUCUUACUUCACAUGCAAUUUUUGACGCGAUAUUCUCCUUGGGUCAUUUGAAUAGAGAAGGUUGUUCAAUUUUCUGGACAAAUUUAAUUUACUGUAUUCUUUUCUCUUUGAGGUUCUGGUCAUCUGUGUAAGACUCAUCAACAUACAAGAAAACUGAGACGCAUAUAAUUAUACAUGCAAGGUUUACUGUAACAUCUUUGAGUGGUUCAAUGGUGCUAAGUGACAAGGGCGCUCAUCUAACUAAUGCACACGAUAGAAACUAGAAAGGUAUUCAAACAAAGAUCAGUUGAAUAUGGGAGAUCUAUAUUUGGCGCCAUAUUCUGACUAUCCAUAGUUGGAAGUGAGAAGUCUAUCCUUCUUUAAUAAGGAUGAGAACUUGAGCCCAAUACUUAUUUGGUCGGCUGUCGGUGGUAAUUAAUCAGUUGAAUAUGGGAGAUUUGCAUUUGGCGCCAUGGCAGGCUGGUUCUGUUUGAUCAUCUUGCCCCUACUUUCUCAUCCUAAUCAGCCAUUCAGGCUGCUUCUCAUUUUUCUCCGCCAUGUCAGGCAGAGGCCAUGAAAGGACCGCUUUAUUCAUGUCCCAAACAUUAACCUAGAUUAAGUUCAGUUUCUCCAUGUCCAAACAAGAUAACCUUUCGUUUCCUGAAGGGGUGUUUUUGGGGGAUGGGCUUAGACUAUGCUCUCUUGGACUUAUUUCGACCUAGACACAUUGCAUCAGACUAGACCACCAUGAUAUAAUACAUAGUAUAUUACUCCCUCCGUCCCAGGGAGAAGUUCCCGGGUUGACUUUCCCACAUAUUAAGGAAAGUCAAACUGUUUGGCACUGUUUUGCACUGUUUAGCACUGAUUUGAUGUUGGAUAACUUUCCAUUUAGGGAAAUGGGAACUUUUUGUUGGGACUGCCAAAAAAGGAAAGUGGGAACUUGUCCCUGGGACGGAGGUAGUAUGUUAUAGUAUUCUUAUUAUAAUGAUCUAUUUAUUUGGACUAGAAUUUUCUUGUCUAGUCUGGCCUACACUAGCUGAUUUCUCUAAGUGUGGUAUGAUAUGGUCCCUUAAGUUUUUCUAUUUUGGUCUAGUCUAGUUAUAUUUUGGCCUUGUUUGGUAAAUAGUUUAUCAGCCAAUUUUUGGCUCCUUGACCACAAUUAAUGAUUUGGACUGUGUAAACGCCACAUUUAAAUAUUUAAUGUUUGGUAAAUGGAUGUCGAUUUAGCUUAUUGGAUCCAAAAAGACUAAAUUUGAAACGCUGGAAUAGGCAGCGUUUACCAUUGGCAUUUCUGUUUUUGCUCUCUUUAUUGUGCCUGUCGUUGAGAAAUUUUUCCACUGGCUUCUGCAAAUUCUUCAUCAAAGUUUGUAUUCUUCAGCUAUCUAGAAUUAGGGAGGGAGGUAUGUAUUUAUAUAAAUUUGUAUUCAUUUCUAGUUUUUUUCUAUUUUAGUUCCAAAGCUGCUCACUCUGUUUGUUCCCCCGGCUUCUUCUUCUAUGUUUUUUUUUCUAUUUCAUAUGAUUAAUUCCACCUCCCGUUCUGUGUAUGAAGUCAACUGAACCCAUCUCCGGUCCGCAUAAUGGCAAUCAACAAAAUGCUUCUGAAGGCGGACAUCCUUGAGGUCCGGCGGUUCCAUCAACCUAUGAUUGAUUCAAUAUACCUGUUGCGAAAAUUAGAUUUGGAGCAUCGUUUUCUCUUAUGUCCUUUCCACUUUGUUUCAAAAACUGGCCCUGUAGAGCUAAUGUUAAUUGUAUAUAUUAAGGCUGUAUUGUGAUUUGCAACUGUGAUUUCAAUAGAGGUUAUAACAUUUUGAUAAAAAUAUACACAAUGAUCGGAAAGGUUUCCUGGGAAUCUGGGAUGGACUAGUGAUCUACGUUCACUAUUCCUAAAACUGUUAGUGUUGAGUUCGACCCACUUCAUGCAUGUGAUCUGAUGUUAUUUUUAAUUUAUUUUGAUAAAAAGAUUCUAUUGACUUUCUAUUUUUUAAUUUGUUUUGAUCAUAUAUUCUACUGAGUGGUGACUAUCUAAUAAUUGUAAAGCCUGAUGAUCACAGAUGAAUCUUACUCCUUAUUUAAUUUGGCAAUGGAAAAACAUUAUCUCAGCAUAUAGAUAGAGUAAGUAAAAGCCAGUCUUGGAAAGAGCAUAAGUCACCCUCCAUAACAACGAAAGUGUAUAAAAACUCAAAACUCGUGAAUGUUAUAAAAUAAUCCUGAUGGAAGCUAAACACAUUCACAAUUGAUUAUAUGGGUAUUUAUUUUAUACUUCAUAUUUAAUUAAAAUAAGUAUGUUUAUUAUUUUAUUAGACGCAUUCUAGUACUUGUUCAUGUUUGUUGGUAUUCAUGUUAUUUUAGAACGUGAAUCCGUGUUAUUUCAAUUAAUAAAAAAUUAAGUUAUUUUAUUUGUCAUAUAGAUUUACUCAUCAAGUUUUAAAUCUUCUAAAAUACGAAUGAUUUGUACUCUAUAAUUUAAUGUAGGUAACAUUGUUUUAUAAGUAAUAUCUAAAAAAAAUAACAUUCCUAUACGUAUUUUUACACUCAAACAGCCAAUUUACCAAACAAUUAUUGACAAUAAGCUAACAUAAUCAGCCAACUAAAACAGUUAACACAACCAGUUAACAAAUAGCUAAUUAUUGUUAAUAAGCUAUUGUCAAACCACUAUCAUAACUAGCUAACAACUAACAGCUAGAUUGCCAAAUAAGGCCUUGAUAUUUUGUUUUGUUACUAUGAAAUGCAAGUCUUGUAUAGUCUAGUUUGGUUUCGCAAAUCUGUUUUGACCUAAGCCAGACUGGUAUGAUAUGUUUUUAUGUAAUUUUAUAUUUUUAUUAUGGUGAAAGGCGAUUCAUUAAUAAAUAUGUAAUUUGUUACUUAUAUAGUUAUUAAAAUACAAAAAAAAAACAUUUUUUAAAUUAGUUUUUAUAAGAUUAUUUCCAUUUCAAUUAUCUUUUUUGGUCUAAAAAACUACUUCGUACGAUAGUAUAAGAUUUUCAAUAUCGUUUGCAUAUACCUUCAUUUUAUGACCUAUUUAAAUAAUACUCCUUAACAUUAAAAAGUGUGAAGAUGUGGUAUUUAAAUAACUACGAUAUGUAUAAUCUUGCAGUGCUAUUAAAAAUAUAUCUAUAAAAAUAAACUUCACAUAAUGCCAAAUUAGAGUAGUUCACACCCGUCAAAACCAAGCUUAACCAGAUCAAACCAGACAAGAGCAAUUUAGAUUGGACUAGACCAGAAAAUUAUAUAUUGCUCGAUGAGCUAAACUUUUAGGCUGCAGUUGACUCUUUUUGUUAUCCUUAGUCUCAAACUUGCUCUAAUGAGAGUCAUUAGUAUCAGUAAUAGUAUUAAUAUUAUCAUUAUCAUGAUUAUGAUCAUGAUUCUCGUAUUAUUACUAUUACCUUUAUUUUUUUAUUAUUAUUGUCGUCGUUGUCGUUAUUAUAGUGCAUCUAAAAUUUAUCAUUGAAUUUAAAUACUAUUUACAGGAUCUAAUUAUGCAUGAGAAACUGCACGCAGUUUCCUUUUCUUCUCUGAAUAAAUUCUUAAAAAAGGCAAAGCCAGAAUUUUUGCUCAUAUCAUCCAGAAGAGAUGAUUCGUUCUUGGCACGUAUUUUGGUUUCUAGAGAAGACACUAUUAGUCUAUCCAUGAUAUUUUCUUCUCGCAGAAGCAUAGAGUUGCUGCACGAGAAACUGUGCAAUGAAUCAUUUCUGAAGCGUUAGUAUAGGGAAUUUGAGCUGAUUUUUAUCGAGGACAUAGAGCAUGAAGUGGACUCUGAUGUGAAACACUUCAUGAAGACCCAAUCAACAGGUUACCACACUGCUAGAAUAAUCUUCAUCAAGAAGAGUUUGAUGGAAAUGAUCUGUUCAAUGUAGCAUGUGUUUGAAAAGCGCUAGGUGGUGGCCCCUGGCCGGGCAUAAUCAGGCCUACAUGGGCCUAGAACAAGAAAAAACCUCUAGUGCAGCAUGCUGCAUUGCUGUUUAUAUUGACAUCAAUCAGAUGAUACUGCUGUCUGUAACUCUGGGCUCUUGCAAUGACAAUCCAUUCUAAAAGGCGUUUAGAUUUUUUACAUUCUCUCCAAGUCGUUAGUUUUUUUAUGACAUAUGUCCUCUGAGGCCUUGGUCCUUUUCUAGAACAAUUUGCAUCUUGGUUUUACAUUAUCAAUCUUGUCAGGAG